ACUAGUCGUGGUAGUGGUGUCGUGGAUCAUAUUUUCUGAAUACGGAGUACAUAGCGCUUGUGGUAAAAUGCAAUAUCUACCUCGCGGGAAAGAAGUCGGUUAAUUAAUAUUUCUUUUUAUUCUUCGUGUAGGAAUAUUAGCCACGUAAAAGUUCCUUACUAAAUCAGUAAUUCGCGUGUUGUUUGUCAUGUAAAAUGAGCUUUUCCGUGAAAAAAACAGGUGGUAGAAUGUGGCAUGAAGCGCGAAAACAGGAAAAGAAAAUUCGUGGGAUGCUGGUGGAUUAUCGUCGCCGAGCUGAACGACGACGAGAUUACUAUGAAAAGAUCAAAUCAGAUCCUACACAAUUUCUACAACUACAUGGAAGACCAUGUAAAAUUCAUUUGGAUCCUGCAAUAGCAACGGCUGGUGAUAGUCCAGCAAAUAUGAUGCCAUGGCAAGGGAAUGAAGACAAUCUUAUUGACCGUUUUGAUGUGCGUGCUCAUCUUGAUUGGAUACCAGAAGCACCAGAUUCUAUCGAUGUAGAUAUUGCUCUUACUAGUGAAGAUAGACAUAUCAAUUAUGAACGUUAUCGUAUAAUUGUGCAAAAUGAAUUUUUAGGAGUAACGGAAGAAAAGUUUCUACACCAAAUACAUUUGGAAGAACAAUUUGGUUCAUCAACCAAAUUAGAUGCUGCAAGAGACAAGAAAAAAUCUAGUAAUAAUGUAGCUAUUGGAUACAAUUAUGAUACAGAGGAACCAAUACCAGAAACAAUAAAAUCAUUAGAUACCGUUGUAUCUGAUGAGAAAGGAGAUGAUGAAGAUAGUGAUAUUGAUCUAGAUAUUUGUGUGGACGUUUCUCAAAUUGAGCCAUCACAAGCACACGAAAUGAACUUAGUAGCUCAAAAAUAUGGACUUUUAGGAGCUGAUUAUUUUAGUUUUUUAACACAAGAUUUUGAAGAGGCAGAAACUUUGAGACAAGCACGUAAACAAGAAGAAGAGAAAGCUAUGUAUUCGGGCAGAAGAUCACGUAGAGAAAGACGUGCAUUUAGAGAGAAAAAGAUGAUUGGUCGAGUUAUGAGUCCACCCAGUUACGCAGCCAGAGAAAGUCCUGAAUACAAUCCCUACAGAAAAUCUUCGUCCAAAUCUCGCUCAAGAUCUACGUCACCUGUAAAUACUGGACAAAUUACAUAUAUUACAAGUUUCGGCGGCGAAGAAGAAACUCAUGGAAGCUCAUCUCACGUUACUUCUUCGAAUUCAAGAAAAAUCAAUUAUUCUCAUCUUAGACGAAGGAGAUCAGAUAGUCCGAUGCUUAAUGAAAGAACAAUAAAUAGAAAAUUUUCAAAGUCAAGAUCAAGAAGUUGUUCUCGAUCUGUUAAUAAACCAAAAUCUUAUAGAAAUCGUGACAGAAAACGAAGUACAUCGAGAAUGAGAUCAAGAAGAACACGUUCACGACAUAGAAAAGUUACAAGAUCUAGGACAAGAAGUCGUUCUAGACGUCCACGAAGUCGAAGUAUAUCCAAGUCUCGUUGCAGAAGUUUUAGCAGAUCUCAUUCGCGUACAGUUUCGAGAUCAAAAACAAGAUCUAGGUCUCGUUCCCGCGCAAAAAGAUCUAGAAGCUUAUCAUCAAGCAGUUCGUCUAGGUCAAAGUCAAACUCAAGAUCAAGAUCAAGAUUACGAUCGAAAUCAAGAUCCAAAUCGCACAAUAGAAGCCACUCGAGAGAUAGUUAUCGCCGAAGACAUUAUUCUCAAUCAAAAUCAGUAUCUAAAUCUCGAUCCAGGACUAAAUCUCAAUCUAGAUCCAGAUCAAGAUCAAGAAGUCAGACAAGAUGCAAGCGAUCCCGAAGCAUUGAAAACAAAGCACAAGCACUGCCAAGAUAUUAUGGUCGUCGUGGCAAAUCAUCAAGUUUAGAAUUGGAAUUAUCGGAUAACGAAGAUAAAGUUUCUACGACAGCGCCGAAACCAUCCGUUAAUAACACUUCGAGCAUGAGCAAGCCAAAAGCAGGGUUAAGUACAAAUUCUGGUGGCGGACACAAAUCACUGAAAAUCACACCUCAGGAGCGGCUUAAGAAGAAAAUGCAAGCCUUACUGAAUAAGCAAUAUAAAGCUGACAAGAAGGCCGAACAACUUAGGAUUGAGAAAAUGGAACAACAACGACAAGAUCGAGAAGAUGAAAUUCGAGAAAUGUCUCUGAAAUUACGUAGAAAGCAAAGGGAACGAAGACAUCGAUAUGAAGGUCACAGUUCUGAUUCACAUUCCUCCGUGUCACGUACACCAAGUCCUGGACGCAGCCCACGAAUCGUUCGACGCGAUAGAAAAGAAAGAGACAUGAGGGAUUUUGAAAGUGAUCGUGAUCGAGAAAGAGACAGAGAGAGGGAUAGACGAGACGAUAGAGAAAAGUUUAGAACCGAAUCUCGCCGAAGAUAUAGAGAUUCGCCAAUUCGAUCUUUAAGUCCGAGGAGUAGCCGAGGCCUAGUCGAUUAUUGACAACAAGUGUGUGUAUGGUUAAUCUUCCACUUAAUGGACUUAAAAUUUUAUUAGACAUUUCCUUAUCGCAUUCCUUCCGUAAUGCUGCGAACAAAAAAAACGAUACGUAUGACGUAAUUUACUACUAUCCUUUAACAUUAAUUAAUAUUGUUUAAUAUUACACUGCAAAGUAAUAAAUACAGUUGUUUCUUUA